UAGUUCCUUGUUCUAAUUAUGAGCUGUAGCAUCAGAAAAACCUCUAGCUGCUCUUAUGGAAGUGGUGGAGGUGGUGGCUUUGGUAGCUGUGGUGGUGGGAGCUCCUCUGUCUCUAUUAAAAAAUAUACCACCUCUGUAGCAGGUGGCAGUAGUUAUGGUGGUGGAAGGUUGGGUGGUGGAAGCUAUGGUGGGGGAGUAUGCAGCACUGUGUACGGAGGAGGAGUAAGUGGUGGUAGCAUUGGUGGUGGACUGGGUAGUGGCUUUUCUGGUGGUUUUGGAGGUGGCUUUGGUGGUGGCUUUGGUGAUGGCUUUGGUGGUGGUUUCGGAGGUGGUUUUGGUGGUGGGGAUGGGGGCCUUCUGACUGGCAAUGAAAAGAUAACCAUGCAGAACCUUAAUGACCGCCUGGCUGCCUACCUGGACCAAGUGCGCAAGCUGGAGGAAGAAAAUGCUGACCUAGAGCAAAGAAUCAGAGAGUGGUACAGGAAGCAAGGUCCCAGCAUCUCCAAAGACUACAGCCCAUAUUACCAGACAAUUGAACAACUCCAAAAUCAGAUCAUUCCUGCAACUGUGGACAACAGUAAAUUGCUUCUGGAUAUUGAUAACAGCAGGAUGACUGCUGAUGACUUCCGAAUGAAGUAUGAGAAUGAACUGAUCAUCCGCCAGAAUGUGGAAGCUGACGUCAAUGGCUUGCGCCAGGUUCUGGAUGAACUCACUCGUACUAGGGCUUCCCUGGAAUCAGAGUUUGAGGUAUUGAGGGAUGAGCUGAAUGCACUCAAGAAGAACCAUGCAGAGGAAAUGAGACAACUCCAGUCCCAGACUGGUGGCGAUGUGAGUGUGGAAGUCAGUGCUGCUCCUGGUCAAGAUCUGACAAAGAUGCUGAAUGACAUGAGAGAGGAAUAUGAGGAUAUAAUUAAAAAAAACCGAAGAGAAAUAGAACAAUGGUAUGAAGUCAAGAUGGAAGAGGUGAAUCAGCAGGUCACAUCAAGUGGUCAGGAGGUGCAGACAAUUAGCCACCAGCUCACUGAACUGAGACGUGAAUACCAAAACCUGGAGAUUGAACUGCAGGCCCAGAUCAGCAUGAAAAAUUCUCUGGAAAACUCCUUGGCAGAAACAGAGGCUCGUUAUGGUGCCCAGCUGCAGCAGAUCCAGGCCAUGAUCAACUGUGUGGAGGAGGAACUGGCUCAGUUGCGCUGUGAAAUGGAGAGUCAGAACCAAGAGUACAAGAUGCUCCUUGGCAUCAAGACCCGCCUGGAACAGGAGAUUGCGACAUACCGAGAACUGCUGCAGGAAGGACAGCAAGACAUUACCUUCUCUCAAGGAGGAAUUCAAGUAGGAUCCAGCAGAGGAGGUGGUAGGUCCUCCCAGUCCUACUCUUCAUCAUCCCACUCUCAGUACCAGGGUGGUGAGAUGACAGGGCCAUCAAAACAAUGCUAGGACAAAAAGAGGGACACAAGCAUCCUAUGUAUUAGGACCUUCUGGACAGACCUAUAGUCAGUGAGACAGGAAACCAAUGCAUUGGCUAAGUGUCCAUCCAAAGAAGAAGGCGGAUGCUACUAGAGCAAUUUGGAUGGGCCACCAUCUGGCUUGGCAUGCUGCCCAUUGCCUUCAUUUUGUGUUUGCUUUGUAGCCAGUCAGUUACUUUAAUCCCUUCAUUCUGUGGUUCGGGUCUACCAUUUCCUAAGAAAAUUCUCUCUAAUAAAACUUUCC